AUGGAUUUCAGAAAAUCACGAUUGUUGGUGGUGAUUCAUUUCUGGUUGACUAUACUCAAGCCAAGCUCAAUUGACGUGAACACUUACUAUUUUGUUUGUCGUUACAAAUUCGAGAAUACAAAAGAGCUGCGUAUUGAGUCGCUUAAUGGCACGGCAACGAAUUGGGGCGUUUCUUUUCGAGUUGGCGAAUGGGUUGAUGCUGAAAAGCGAUUAUUAGUGAUUCCGAUAAACGAGCCAACAACUUCGAUAAACAUUUUUGUGGCUAUCGAUAUUAUUGUGACUUUUGUGGCAAGCUCUCAUUUGUUCGAAUCCGAUAACGCUUUGAUACCCAUCAAUUACUCGGGAGAAGACGAGGAUAUGAGCUGGUUUUGCUCGGAUUUUCAGCCCGUUAUUACUUGCCGUAUGGAUGCUUUAUUCUCUGUAUUUCAAGGAUCUGAUCCGGGUCACAAUGGAAACGAAUUGUAUUCCUUGUCGGACAAAAAG